ACGCGAAAGUCGGGCCAGUUCCUGGAGUUCGGGCUCGGCCGCCGGUGGUCGCCAGGCCCUCGCCGCCCGCCCGCCGGACCCCCUCCCGGCCCUCGCCAUGGAGCAGCCGCCCGCGCCCAAGAGUAAGCUUAAAAAGCUGAGUGAAGACAGUCUGACGAAGCAGCCUGAGGAAGUGUUUGAUGUAUUAGAGAAGCUUGGGGAAGGGUCUUAUGGAAGUGUAUUCAAAGCAAUUCACAAGGAGUCUGGACAAGUUGUGGCAAUUAAACAAGUGCCUGUCGAGUCGGAUCUUCAGGAAAUAAUCAAAGAAAUUUCUAUAAUGCAGCAGUGUGACAGCCCGUAUGUUGUGAAGUAUUAUGGCAGUUACUUCAAGAACACAGACCUCUGGAUUGUUAUGGAGUACUGCGGUGCUGGCUCUGUCUCAGACAUAAUUCGAUUACGAAACAAGACUUUAACAGAAGAUGAAAUUGCAACGAUCCUGAAAUCUACUUUGAAAGGACUCGAAUAUUUACACUUUAUGAGAAAAAUCCACAGAGAUAUCAAAGCAGGAAACAUUCUCCUUAAUACAGAAGGACACGCAAAAUUGGCGGAUUUUGGAGUGGCCGGUCAGCUCACGGAUACGAUGGCCAAGCGCAACACCGUUAUCGGAACUCCGUUCUGGAUGGCGCCGGAGGUCAUCCAGGAAAUAGGCUACAACUGUGUGGCAGAUAUCUGGUCUCUGGGCAUCACGUCCAUAGAGAUGGCUGAAGGAAAACCUCCGUAUGCCGAUAUACAUCCCAUGAGGGCGAUUUUUAUGAUUCCCACAAAUCCACCGCCGACAUUCAGGAAGCCAGAGCUGUGGUCUGACGAUUUUACCGACUUUGUCAAAAAGUGCCUGGUGAAGAAUCCCGAGCAGAGGGCCACAGCCACGCAGCUGCUGCAGCACCCUUUCAUCAAGAAUGCCAAGCCGGUAUCGAUCUUGCGAGACCUGAUCACGGAAGCCAUGGAGAUCAAGGCCAAGAGGCACGAGGAGCAGCAGCGGGAGCUGGAGGAGGAGGAAGAAAAUUCGGACGAAGACGAGCUGGACUCACACACCAUGGUGAAGAGCACGGCCGAGGGCGCGGGCACCAUGCGGGCCCCCAGCACCCUGAGUGAGGGCGCCCAGACCAUGAUCGAGCACAGCGGCAGCAUGCUGGAGGCCGACCUGGGCACCAUGGUCAUCAACAGCGAGGACGAGGACGAGGAGGACGGCACCAUGAAAAGAAAUGCCACGUCCCCACAAGCACAGCGGCCGGCCUUCAUGGACUACUUCGACAAGCAGGACUUCAAGAACAAGAGCGACAGCAGCUGCCGCCAGAGUGUGCUUGACCCCUUCCCCAUGUCCAAGAACGUGUUUCCCGAGAACUGGAAGGUUCCACAGGAUGGAGACUUCGACUUCCUGAAAAACCUCAGUCUGGAAGAGCUGCAGAUGCGACUGAAGGCGCUGGACCCCAUGAUGGAGCGCGAGAUCGAGGAGCUGCGGCAGAGAUACACGGCCAAGAGACAGCCCAUCCUCGACGCCAUGGAUGCCAAGAAGAGGCGGCAGCAGAAUUUCUGAGCGGCGGGGGCCCCCACCGCCCACGGGGACCAGUGUGGCUGGGAGGAGCCGCCGGAGAGGCGUGGGCUGGACCCUGCUGGCUGUGCUCCAGACUAGUGAUGGUACCUCCAGGUACCACCUGCGUCCUCCUGCUCCCUGGUCCACCUGCGUCCUCCUGCUCCCUGGUCCACGCUGCCCACCCACACUAAAACGGUCAGUUUCGACUGUGCGCAGACCUCCUGGCAUCCCUGUACAGCUCGGAGGGGCUUUGUGGGACAAUAUUCCGCGUUUUUAUCUCAUAUCCUAUUUAUUGUAUUCCCUUAGGUCAACUUAUUUAUUUGUGCUAAUUCACUUCCUUCUGCUUGGUUAAGGACAAGAUCGGGAUGGCUUUGGUGAUGGUAGAGAAAUAGAUAGUCACGUACAAUCAAACCGAUGCCCUACGCGUGGCAGGCGGUUGGGGCACAUGCCUUCAUUUCUAGGGUCAUUUUUUCAAUAGAAUUAAAGCAAUAAUAGCCAUAGUACCCAGCUGGGUCCCUUUUUUUUUGUACUGAAGUGAUAAUUCCAUUUUUACCUUCUGAAAUUUUAAUUUUUUUAAAAAAUUGUGUAUGUUUGGUACAAAUAGAGCUAUAUAUUUAGACAAAGCUAUAAUGUCUAAAACCAAAGAAAUCACUGAAAUCCUUGCACCAAAAAGAAACGUGUGGAAAUUACUUUGAAAGAAAUAAAACCUUAAGAGAAGUAAA